AUGGCUGCCAAUUACUGGGAGUCGACCCAGCGUCGCUUCUGGUUGUUCUCUAAGGAAGACCUCCACGCAGUGCGACAGAAGCUUGAAGACGAUAAUGCCGAUCUCGUUCAAAUGUUUCCCCUCCCGCAGCAGCGGCACCUGGGGAUUUACUUCAACCAGCAGGUUAACCGCCUCGGCAAGCGCAUGGUCGUCCGCCAGCAAGCCAUGGCCACUGCUCAAGUCUACAUCAAGCGCUUUUAUACCAAGGUCGAGAUCCGCCGAACGAACCCUUACCUUGUUGUAGCGACCGCUCUUUAUCUGGCCUGCAAGAUGGAGGAAUGUCCCCAGCAUAUCCGGUUGAUCGUCAGCGAGGCUCGUUCGCUGUGGCCCGACUUCCUAGGUCUCGAUACGUCCAAGCUCGGCGAGUGCGAGUUCUUUAUGAUAUCCGAAAUGAGCUCCCAGCUCAUUGUGUACCAACCAUAUCGUACCCUCACCAAUUACCAGCAGGAGCUGAAUCUGACCCAAGAGGAUGUUGCGCUGGGUUGGUCCAUCAUCAACGACCAUUACAUGACGGACUUGCCCUUGUUACAUCCGCCUCACACCAUUGCGUUGACGGCCAUCCUGCUUGUGCUGGUUCUUAGGCCGUCCUCUAGUAUGUCGGGGUCAACGCAGCCGACGGCGGCCGGCAUUGCUGCCGCGAGUGCGGCGCUAGCUCAGGCCCAAGGUAGAGCCCCAGGACUGCCUCCAACCCCAGGCACACCGAAUCCCGCCGAUAAGGAGAAGCAACCGGAAGCUAGGUUCGGCCGGGUCCAGCGUUACGGCGCCUGGCUGGCGGAAAGCAACGUGGAUAUUGCUGCCAUGGUUGAUUGUACACAGGAGCUUAUUUCAUUCUAUGAAUGUCAUGAGCAGUACAACGACAAGCUCACCCGGGAGCAGAUCAACCGCUUCGUCAAGGCCCGAGGGCUCGACAAGUGA